ACCAAUCGAUGAUGGACGACGAAGUGGAGAGAUGCCAGCUAAUGUCAGACAUAAGGCUUCUUAAACAAGCUUUAGAAGACCAUGAUGAUGAGGAUGAGGAUGAAGAUGAGUGGUGUUCUGCCAAAGAAGACAUGGACAAUGAAGAGCAGUUUCCCGAAAGCACUAGUUCUUCUUUACUGGACUUAGAGAAGUUUAAUUUGGAAGAGGUACUUAAAAGCAACGAGACACGAUGGAACUUGGGUGACAGUGUUACAUCACAAUCAGCAGGAUUAAAUGUGAAUGAUGUCCACUUGGAUGUGGUCCACAAGCAAAGGAAACCACCUGCUCAAGAUUUAAGGAGAUUUGAUCAGCACAUGGACGCUGUACAAAUGAGCUUGCAAUUGAACUUGGAAUAUCAAGUCAUACUAAAACAGCAGCUAGAUCAGAUAGACAAUGCCAUUGCAAAGAUAUAUCAGUGUCAAGGUGAAACGGAUGAGCUAUCAAGUAAGCUUGGGGUGUCUGAUGAGUCGAAAUCACUACAUCUGAAAUGUUUUUUGAAACCAUACUUUAAAGAUAGUCAUGGUGUGGGACCACCUGACAAUGCUGAUAUCCAAGGCAAGCAUGUUGCUGCAUGGACUGAUCAGUUGAACGAACCCAGGCCCAAACGAUGGAAGAUUGAAGAAUCUCGAGAACUUCGUAAUGAUGUGAAAUCACAAAUAUUGGAAAUGAAAACUACAGAGACAAUGAAGGAGUUGAAUGAGAUACAUGAUAAAAUAUCUGGUAACAUGGCUACUGAUGAUAUGUUAGGUACUGCCAGAAACAUUGAAACUCAAAUUGAACAAACAAGAUCACUUCCAGACGAGGAUCUAUUAUUGUCGUUGCAGGGAAUUGAUUGGGAAAGAGUAGCUGAAGCAGUUGGAAGUCGGUCUUCUGGUGACUGCAAGUCACGAUGGACAAUGGUUGAACACCCUUUGGUAAACAAUGGGUCUUGGACAAAUGAUGAAGACAAUAGACUUGUCAAAUUAGCAAGACAAUAUGGUGAAAGGAAUUGGUGUGUCAUUGCAGAGCAAUUGGAGACAACGCGGACUCCUGCUGCUUGUUUGGUGCGCUACCAAAGUUCUUUGAAUCGAAAUUUUAUCAAGAGGUAAGAUCGUCAACCCCAGUGCAAGGGGUUCCCUGUGGACAUCAUCUUGAGAAUGACUUAUCCUGCAGAUGCUCCACUCCACUCCACUUCGGUGAUAGUGGGGCAGAUGGUAAUUGUUUGUUUCACGCACCUAGCCUGAUUACUACCCCUAGCCUGAUUGUUGCUGGUAACCAACGUGCAGAAUCAGACUGCAGAUGAAUUAGCACUUCAUUAUAAUUACUACCCUGUCAUGUGUUGUGAAAGG